AUGGGAGCGAGCAGGCAUGAGAAGCGGUUGUGUGGAGUUCCCUUCAAGUUGAGUUUGACCCCUGCUGUCUAUCCUACCACUGCCAUCACCCCAGUUGCGCAGGCGAUCCCUCAGCCUCUUCCAAUAAUUCAGCAGCAACAGCGAGAGGCUGUCUAUCCUACCACUGCCAUCACCCCAGUUGCGCAGGCGAUCCCUCAGCCUCUUCCAAUAAUUCAGCAGCAACAGCGAGAGGGUCCAGAAGGGUGCAAUCUCUUCAUCUACCAUCUGCCUCAAGAGUUUGGGGACAAUGAACUGAUGCAAAUGUUUCUUCCCUUUGGGAACAUCAUCUCCUCCAAAGUGUUUAUGGAUCGGGCCACGAACCAGAGCAAAUGUUUCGGCUUUGUGAGUUUCGACAAUCCCUCCAGUGCCCAGACAGCCAUCCAGGCCAUGAACGGAUUCCAGAUUGGUAUGAAAAGGCUAAAGGUGCAGUUGAAACGGCCGAAGGAUGCCGGCCAGCCGUACUGA